UUGAACUGCUACAAACGAAUCUGCAGCAACAGGUGUGGCAUCAACAUGCUUAAUCGAGCAUUGAUAGUACUCUUGGGUUUGAUCGCAGUCACCUCGAGUGGUCAGGGAGCUCAGAUACUGGGACUGUUUGGACAUCCCGGCAAGAGUCACUUUGACUUCUUUCGCCCCAUGUUUGUGGAACUCGCGCAGCGUGGUCACAACAUCAGCAUGUACAGCUAUUUCCCGCUGAAGCAACCAGUGGCCAAUUACACGGAUUAUGUUUUCAAAGGCAUGCCGCUGCUCACCGAUAUUGUGGAUCUGCAGAUGUUUGAACAGGAGUCGCAACUAUUGGGUUUCAUUCCCUUCAAGGUGCCAACGUUCUUCAUGCUCAAUGAUUGGGGAUUGCGAUCCUGCAAGGUGGCCUUGAACUCACCGCUGAUUGCCGAUCUGUUGAGCUCCCCCCUACGCUAUGAUGUUAUCAUCAUGGAGCAUUUCUCCAACGAUUGCUUGGCUUCUGUGGCGCACCUCUUGGAUGCUCCAGUCAUUGCUCUGAGUAGUUGUGCCAUUAUGCCGUGGCAUUACAAACGCAUGGGCACACCGUUCAUUAACCCCACAAUGCCCAUGAGUUUUCUGACCUACACGGAUCAAAUGGACUUUAUGGCUCGACUCAAUAACUUCUUACACUUUCACACUGUCAAUGUGCUCUACAAUUUCAUUACACAGCCAGCCACGGACGCGCUGAUAAGCCAACGCUUUGGCUUUGGUCUUCCGCCGAUUAAUGAAAUUGUGAAGAACACAAGUCUCAUGCUCAUAAAUCAACAUCAUUCCCUGACUGGCGCCCAGCCUUAUGCUCCCAACGUCGUCGAAGUGGGAGGGCUGCAAGUGGGGAAAGCAAAACCUCUUCCGAAGCACCUGGAACAACUUUUCAACUCAUCCAGUCAAGGUGUCAUCUAUAUAAGCUGGGGUUCGAUGGUCAAUCCCAGCACGUUGCCUCCUCUCAAGCGCCAGGCCUUAUAUGAUGCAAUCUCUAAGCUGCCCGGCUACACCUUUGUAAUGCGCAUGAACAAUCAAACUGGAAACGAGGGCAAACCCAAGAAUCUCUUCAACUACGAGUGGCUGCCACAGCGGGAUCUGUUGUGUCAUCCCAAGGUCAAGGCCUUCGUUUCACAUGGCGGACUCUUAGGCACCACGGAGGCUGUCUACUGUGGCGUGCCAAUGCUGGUGACACCCUUCUAUGGAGAUCAGUUCCUCAAUGCUGGAGCGGUAGAACAGCGACGCUUUGGUGUUAUUGUCAGCUUUAAGGAGUUUGAUGAGCCACAUCUAAGCCAGGCUCUCAACACCAUACUGAACGAGAAUUUUGCAUCGCAAAUGAAGCGCUCGACUGUUGCCUUCCGAGAGAGGCCCCAAGAACCGCUCGAACUGGCGAUCUGGUGGAUCGAGCAUGUGAUCGCGACUGGUGGAGCUCCCCUAUCACGAAGUGUGGCCAGGAAUAUCAAUUGGCUUGUCUACAACUCAUUCGACAUCUACGUGUUCUGCCUUAGCAUCGUUCUAUUGUUCCUCAUCGCACUCUGGCAGCUAUCAAAGCUCCUCAAAUGGGCUGGUGACAAGUUUAGCACUUCGACGAAACCCAAAACAAAACAACAAAAUUCUACAUAUUCACCAACUAAAAAGAUGUCGCGAAUGUUGCUGCUAAUGCCGCUGUUGCUGUCGACGCUGCACAUCUUGGGCCACCAAGUGGAUGCAGGUCGUCCACUGAAGGUGCUCGGAUUGUUUCCGCAUCCCGGCGUCAGUCAUUUCCACUUUUUUCAACCCAUCAUGCAUGCGCUGGCCGAGGGUGGACACGACGUCAGUGUGGUUAGUCAUUUUCCCAGUAAAAAUCCACCCGUACGCUACAAGGAUUUUCCGCUUACCGGCAUGGACAAACUAACAAAUAGUGUGGACCUCAAGUUUUUCGAAAAGCGCGCCUUCUACAAUCACUUUGUGGAGUUCUUUUUGCUCCACGAAUGGGGCAAGCAGUCGUGCAAUUCGACACUUCGCUCGGAUGCGUUGCAAACGAUCCUUAAGAAGAAAGCAGGCUACUAUGACGUCAUCGUGAUGGAACAAUUCAACACGGACUGUAUGAUGGGCGUGGCGCAUCAACUGAAAGCCCCCAUCGUCGCCUUGAGCAGUUGUGCUCUAAUGCCCUGGCACUAUGAACGCAUGGGAGCACCCAUAAUCCCCUCCCACAUCCCGGCACUCUUUAUGGCCCAAUCUCAGGACAUGGACUUUGCAGGUCGCCUUGCCAAUUGGUUCACCUUUCACGCACUCAACUGGAUGUACAAACUGAUCUCGAUUCCCACUGCGGAUGCUUUGGUGCAGUACAAGUUUGGCCAUGAUUUGCCCUCAGUGGGUGAGCUGGCGAAGAACACAUCUGUGUUCCUGGUAAAUCAACACUAUUCCCUCAGUGGACCCAAGCCUCUGCCCCCCAAUGUUAUCGAGGUGGGCGGUCUACACAUUCAGAAAUCGAAACCUUUGAGUGCUGAACUGCAGCGACUUCUGGACAGUGCUGAGGAAGGCGUCAUCCUCAUCAGUUGGGGCUCCAUGAUACGGGCCAAUUCGUUGUCGACCGCCAAGCGGGAUGGCAUUGUACGUGCCGUGGCUCGACUCAAGCAGCAGGUGAUCUGGAAGUGGGAGAAUGAGACGUUGCCUAACAAACCAGCCAACAUGCACAUCAUGAAGUGGUUGCCACAACGCGAUAUUCUCUGUCAUCCCAAUGUGAAGGUGUUUAUGACCCACGGCGGUUUAAUGGGCAGCUCGGAAGCGGCUUACUGUGGAGUGCCAACCGUUGUAACGCCCAUGUAUGGUGAUCAGUUCCUCAAUGCCGCUGCUUUGGUGCAGCGAGGCAUGGGAGCGCUGCUUAACUACGAGGACAUUUCCGAGAACAGCGUAAUGCGGUCCUUGAAACGUGUCCUGGAUCCUAAAUAUGCCGAGGCUGCCAAGAUUGUGUCCCAUUCUUUCCACCAUCGACCACAGCAGGCGUUGCAAUCAGCGAUUUGGUGGGUGGAGCAUGUUGCCCACACAGGCGGAGAUCAUCUUAUCAAACCUAGUUCUGUGGAGAUGUCACGUUUCGUCUACUACUCACUGGAUGUUUACCUUGUUGUGGGCAGCAUUCUGGCCAUUGUUAUUCUUAGUUGGGUUUCGCUCAUCCAGCGAUGCCGCGGCAAGCGACCAGAGCAGAAAAACAAGCGGGAUUAAGAGGGGGUCUUGGUGUAGUGUAUGUGAUAUUUUAAAUGUGUAUGUCCUCCUAGUGUACUAUAGUCUGUCCUGUUCUAAAACUACAUAGAUGAUAACAUAGUUGCCUCGCGAUUUUAAUCACUAAAAUCAUUUUCGUUUAAUGGUUGUAGCUGUCAUUAUGUCAUUCUAAUCUGUCUAUUACAUUUAUAUUAUCUCCAUGACAAUAAUUGUAAUUUAUAAAUAUUUUGCAAUAAGCACAACGA